CUUGGGCAAAGUAUACUCUGUUUUAUUGUUUCAGCUAAUAAUUGUCUUGAGAAAGUGGGAUGCACAGGAAUGAAUUCUGGAGUAUGUGCGAAUCGGUCAAGUGGGGUGUUUUCCAAUUGACUUGCAACAAUUGUUACUCUCACUGAUUGCUAUAGCGACUGGAUCGUCAACAUUGAUUUAUUUACUAACAGUUGCUUUACGUCUAACUUCAAAUUCGAUGUGACAGAUAUUGUGGCAUUCAUUCUGGGAGAACGAAAUGUUUAUUUUACAGCGAUUCCGGUUCACUUUCCUCAUGAUAAUUAACUAAUCAUUGCACUUUAUUCCUGCAGUAAGAUUCAUCCGCAGACAGUGGAGUCCAACAGUGCGUGCACUGCACCUGGGGGGAAAGCUUUACAAAUUUCUUCCUGCCCUUCCCGCAAGCAAAUACAGCUGCAGUAUCUCGAGUUCAGAGAACGCCUUGCCUUGUCUGUCAGCCAGCGAGAAACCACUUGGUCUCGUUCUACAGGCUGCUCUGUUCAAAGAUCUUUUGUGUGAUCCGUGGAGAUCCUGUGUUUCUUUCUGGGUCUAGACAUGUCUGCCGACUGCCCCAAGCCCCCAGCAGUGAAGGUCCCUCCUAGCUCUCUGCCCGGGACCCACACGAACUGUGAGAUAGCGGUGCUCCCCCUGGAGCUGCUGCUUAGCUUACAGCGAUCACACUUCCAUGUAGUGGGGAAUAACAUUCAGGUCGUCCAGCGACCAGGAGCUGGUUAUAAUGUGAUCUCCAAUGGCCAUGUCAAGGCGGAGCGGCAGUGGAACCUGAUCAACUGCCUGCAGAGGAAAAUUACUUUUACAUCGCGCAAGGAAUAUAGAAACUUUCAAGAGACAAUAUUAAGCAAGCCAAUGGUCUUUUUUACUAGUAUAAAGCCCGCUGAAGGUUCUACAAAAGAAACAGCUUAUGCCAUCAUUGUGAACACUUGUCACCCCAAAAUGAGACAAGAGAUUCAGGAUAGUAUGAACGAUGUCACUGCAUCAGAAAUAGAGACAAACUACAUCCUUCAGUUCACCAUGCAAAAACCAGUCCAAUCAUUCUUCAGUGUGAAAGAGGGAUAUAAAAUGCAUGGUCUCGAUUUGGAUUUCACAUGUGAGUUGAAAUAUGAUUCAUUCGAGUGUACUUCAAAGAUCAAGGAACUGGACGGAAAGAUUCUAGACUUGUCUUGCGUAACAGAAGAUGAGAAAUGCAAAGUGAAAAGCUUUCUGGACAAGAUGAGUGAGCCUAAUGUUCAAAUCGACACUGUAUCUGAGCAGAGUCCUGGUGCAGAUUCCUCACUUUGUGCAGGUUCAUCUGAAAAAGAAGUGCUUAGUUCGUCUCGAGGGCAAUCGUAUGCCAAGAGGACAUCCGUAAAGGAAAAGUCUUCAGCACAGUUUCCUGCCGUGAAUGAAAAAUCAUAUCUGCUGCAAUUUACACAAAACUUGCCCAGAUAUAUAGAAUGAAGCUUUUAAAAAAUGAAAUCAAAUUCCAAGUGCUUUAACGCAAAUGUGCCUUAUUAAUUUACAACAUUUAAAAGGCUGAAAAUGUGUUGCUGGAAAAGCGC